AUGGGAGAAUUACAAUCUGAGUGCCUGGGCUCACGCUGUCGGCCUCUUCGACGAACCCCCCAACUGAAGACUUCCAACCCCCUCAACGUCCACAAAACCCUCAAGAACCUUGAGCAACUGCUCACAGACACUCGUAAAAUCAAGGAACAGUAUGGUCUCGAUGCUGAGAUCACAGAAGAGGAGGUGGGAGACCUACAGACCACAAGGAGCGUGUUCGGCAACCUCUUUGGCAGGAAGAAGCAGCGAUUCGUCAACGAUAGCGCGAAAGUCCAUUCGAGACGGAACAAUGCGUGGAAGAAAUUGAAGUGGGCAACGUCUGAUGCCGCAAAAUUUAGACUCCUGCUGCAAGACAUCCAUGAUCUGAAUGCCAGACUCCAGUCACUGCUCCACCCGGCGGACCAGUACGCGAAUGCGCGAGACCUGAAUGAAUCCAUGAGAAGAGUGGUCGCAAACAGUCCAACUAAGGGGCUCCUAGAUGCUAUGAGCGGUCCUCUGGCGUCAGUCGAUCCAGCCAUCGCCGCUUCGGCACGGCUACGACAGCAAGGAUUCAUGCUGGACUUGAUACCCUCCGUUCAGCAAGAGCAAGCUAAAAGUGAAGAUCAUACACGCCGGAGCAUCGCCCCAGCAUCUCCUAAGCCCAAUAAGUCGUCUACAUUUAAGGGAGGCAGGGACCUGCGUGUGCCACUGAAUGGGCUCUCAAAAUGCCGUGGACAUGCAAGACCUGACGUUUUUCGGGAAGAGGCUAUCUACAAAGAGGAAAAGAUUCUCAUUGAGUGGAAAGACAUCAGCAGUGCCCUCGAAACCCGGCUGAAAUAUCGCGUUGCCAACGUCGCAAGUUUUUUGGCCGUAAUGGCAGAUCCAUCCUUUCAUUCGCUACAAUGCCUUGGAUACGUCAAAGGCUCUUCAGUACGCUAUGGAUACCUGUUCAAGUAUCCCACCACCAAGACCUCCACGACGAAACCUUCCACGCUCUUCGAAUUGCUAUCAAGUACCUCGCUAAAGCCCAGCCUCAAUCAAAGAUUAUCGGUCGCGCAAGCGCUGGCUGAGACUACAUUGCAAUUACAUACCGCAGGCUGGCUGCACAAGUCCAUCAACCCAGAGAAUGUUUUAGUAUGUAAGGAAGAGAAGGAUACAUGGGAUGAUCAUAGAGCCGCUUGGCAGGUAUACCUUGGAGGGUACGAUUUCGCAAGAGCAGACAACCCUCUGGAAGCUACGGAGGAUCCUACGUCACGUGAUUUCUCGGAGCUAUACCGCCAUCCAUCAUCGCUUGGUCAAGAAAGGACCCCUUACAACAAAGAAUUCGAUCUCUACAGCGUAGGCUGUCUCCUCAUCGAACUUGCGCUCUGGGACACUUUGCCCAACCUUCUUUGGCGUCGAAUGAUCGACCUGGAACUCAUUGUUGGCCAGACGGACGCCCAAAAGGCAACACAAGAUCCCUCAAAACUACUUCACCAGCCUCAAGUACACAAGAAGGAACUUCUUUUGCAGCAUCGGGAAGACUUGCUCUCAGAAGGGGGCCCCUCCAGCAUACACGCCGAGCUCGAACAUCGCCUCGGUUUGACAUACUGCAAACUUGUGGAGGACUGCUUGAACAGUGCAGAUGAUUUAUCUAGGGAGGAUGAAUGCUCUCACAACUCAAUUGAGACUCAGCAGCAAGUUGCUUCCGUUCUGAAGAGCCUCACUGACACGCUUUAA